AUGAGACGCGGCUGGUGCUGGGUCACGUGACACGCUGCUGGUAAAAUAUGGCUCCAUGUAGCUCAGAGAAAUACACAAUCGGCUGACUGCCUGUCGUCUGUCCGCCGACACGCAUCUGUAAACUCCAGAGAAUGGAUCAGCUGGUUUUCAGCCCGCAGUUUGCCUCAGUUUCAUAAAGUGACAUAAAGCCAUCAUGCGCGAAGCGGGGGUCCCACCGUUAGCUUAACGCCAACUAGCUGCCAGCUGCUACAAGUGGCGAGAGAGGUAUUUCAGCAGAGGCAUGGUCAAAAGAGGAGAUUGGAUCUUCUCCUAACUUUUUCCAUGGAUUUCUGAAUUUUAUCCCAGCAGGUAUACUUUGGGGUGAAGGUAGCUGAGAAGUGUGAGACUCAACUCAAGCUUUGGAAGACCAACCAUGGAUUGGCUGAUGCAUGCAGUUGAGAAAGACUUGGGAGUGGACCGGCGGCAGCUAGGCCCAGGACCUCGCCCUCAAGAGGUUGUAGCUCUUGUUCCUGUGCGCUGGGUGAUGGGGCUUAGAGAGAGGAAGCUCACACGCUACGCUCGCUUUGAAAGCGUCAGCACUGAGGAGAUUUGCACAUACCUCCGCUCUUCUCAAGUAAAGUUGCCACCCGGCUGGACACGAGUGUGCAUUCAGGGUCUGAGGAAAAGCAAGUUGAACUAUAGACUGAUCCGAGACCCAUGCCAUCAUCAAAUGGAAAUGCCAUCCCAGGAUUCUUAUGUCAGGACCAUGCAGUGUGUUUCACAGCACAACGUCAGGAAUCUGUGGCGAGAAGCUCAUUACCAUCUUGUGCAAACAUAUACAGGACCAAGUGAGCAGAUGCACAUCGCAGCUGUGGAUGCAGUACGUCAUGCCUUAGAGAAGCUCUUCAGUUUGUCCUUUGUCUCACCUGAUAAAGUAUCACCAUCCCUGUCUCCGGCCAGAGAGAAAGACAAAGACAACUUCUUGCCAUGUGGUUCCUUUUGCUUUUCCAAGUCCCAGUCAGACAAUCUUUGUCCUAAUGUCCUGCCAGCCGAAUGUCUCCUGGAGACAGCAGAGAUGUUGUACGUGAUUCUACCGUAUACUCAGUAUUCGCUUCACGAUAUUGUGUCCUUUAGCCCUGCCAAGCUUGCCAAUAGCCAUGCCAAAGUCUUGUUCAUCAUCUAUCAGGUACUGAAAGCUCUGCAGGCAUGCCAUGCAGUCGGUCUGUCUUGUGGAGAGCUGUCUCUUCAGGAUGUAGCAGUAGAUGAGCAACUCUGCACCCACCUCAAACUCAACCUUUCUCAUUAUGAGGAUCUGGGAACAGAAAAGGAGAGCGCCGGUGAUAUUUGUGCAAGACUAGAUCCAAAAAGUGCCCUGCCAAAAGAAAUGAAACGCGUAAGCCAAGAGAGCAAAAGAUUUUGCAUAGAUUGCUUUCAUGAGCUGAAGACGCUGGUUCUGGACUGGGUCCAUGGACGAGUCAGUAACUUCCAUUACUUGAUGGAGCUCAACAGAUUAGCAGGACGGCGAGAAGGAGACCCAAAUUAUCACCCAGUGCUGCCUUGGGUUGUGGAUUUUACUGUGCCGUUUGGGAAAUUCAGGGACCUGAGGAGGUCAAAGUUCAGGCUGAAUAAGGGGGACAAGCAGCUGGAUUUUACAUAUGAGAUGACCAAAGAGGCUUUAGCUGCUGCAGGGGGAAAUGGGAUGGGCUUAGGUGUAGGCGGAGACGUCAGCUGCUUGGGGCCUGUAGGUGCAGUGCAGUCUGAGCACCUUCAUGUACCUCAUCACAUAUCGGACGUACUGUCAGACAUUACCUAUUAUGUCUACAAAGCCCGACAGACACCCAAAUCAGUGUUGUGCAGUCAUGUUAGGUCCCAGUGGGAGCCCAACGAGUACCCAGCCACGAUGGAGCGCAUGCAGAGCUGGACUCCUGAUGAGUGCAUUCCAGAGUUCUACACAGAUCCUUUGAUCUUCUGCUCAAUCCACCCAGAUAUGCCAGACCUGGAUGUGCCCUCUUGGUGCAAGUCAAAUGAAGAAUUUAUUGAGGUCCAUCGGCACCUUCUGGAGAGCAGGGAAGUGUCUCAGCAUUUGCAUCACUGGAUAGACCUCACAUUUGGCUAUAAGCUGUCAGGUAAAGACGCUGUUAAGGCCAAGAAUGUGUGUCUCCACCUGGUGGACAAUCACACUAAUCUCACGUCAUAUGGUGUGGUUCAGCUGUUCGACCAGCCCCACCCGCCCCGCUUAUCUCCUUGCCAGUACGCCCCAGCAGAACCUCCUCUUCUAGGUCUUGCUGCCCUUAAUGUGCCUUCUCUACACACUCCUCCGGUGAACACAGUGACUGACACUGUGGAUGGAAUGGUACCAGAGUCCACGGGGUGCGAGUCCAGUGGAUGGACUAUGGUAGAUCGAGAUGAAGAGCUUGAACAAGGUACAGAGGCUCUUGACUCGUUGGCGUCCGCUGGCUCGUCCACAUCUGUGUCUUGUUCUGUCCCGCUGCCAGCGAUCAGUGCAGGAGGAGGUAAAAUAGGUGGAGAGCACACACCUCUUGUUGUGUCUCAGUCCCCGAGUUCAUUCCCUGGUGAUGUCACAAGUGGCUUAAAUCCGGGUUUACGUGGUGCUGUGUUACAAAGAGGCGGACCAGUGAACAAAAAGCAGGGGGAAACUGUCGCUAGCGCCAACGCAGACGAAGUUAAGGUCAUACUUCCUGAAGGCCUGAACCCGUUACAGCCUUUAGAAGAGCUAGAGAAGCUGAAUAACUUCUUAGUGAAGAGUCUUCAUGCGGAAGUGUGGCAUCCUGCAACAUUUAAGGACUCCGCCAGAGAGGACCCAACGAUUGAAUCUCGACCCUCUCUUACACAACUUUACCAAAGGGACAUGCAAGCCUUCGGUGUUCUCAUCGCUGAGAUAUUUUACUCCUCCAAACUGAGAGGACUGAAACCAGAAACUCCCCUCAGACGGCGUUUCCAAGCGGUCAUGAAGCUGUGCUCUGCACACCUUCGUGAUGUGCCACUGUCUCUGCACCAUGCCCUUGAGACACUGUUGCUGAUCAAGAAACACUCUGGAAUGUCCCACAGGGAAGAACAAGACUGUCCAGGUCCUCUUCUGUUCAAAUACGAUCCCAUUUGUGAUGGUCUCCCGCCUCCAAACCCUCACCAGUUAUUGAACGCCAUUGUCACACCUUUUCCUUUUCCUUCUUAUUUUGUUGCACUUCAUACAUUUAUCUUUUCCUACCACGCCAAGAUGGGCAACGUGUGUAGCCUCCAGGGAAGAGACGUCGUCUUUCAUUUGUGGCAGCAGCUUGAAGCACUGCUGCGUAAUAAAAUCACCGCAGAGGGUCUUGAGAUUCUUCUGCCCUUCAUUCUCACCCUCAUGCUCGAGGAGACCACUGCUGUUUAUGCUGCUUGGUACCUGUUUGAGCCUAUUGCUACAGUACUGGGUCCCAGAAAUGCAAACAAGUACUUGCUAAAGCCACUGAUCAACGUUUAUGAGAACCCUCACUGCCUCCGAGGACGUUUUUAUCUCUACACCGACUGUUUCAUUCUUCAGCUGAUUGUGAGGCUCGGCCUGCAGGCUUUUCUCUCAAACUUACUCCCGCAUGUUCUGCAGGUUAUCACCGGCUUUGAAAGCUGUAUCUCGGGCUCGGGUGGGGAAGCUUUUAAAGGGCUGAGAACUGGCAUGUGCAAUAUAGGGGAGGAGGAGGAUGAGGACUUUCAGUGUGGCAAAGUACAGCCAUCAUCCGGGCCCAUUUCUGGGAAUAUAGGUGGCGGCAGCGGGGUGAGUGGAGGAGUUGGACUGGCUGGAGACGCUGGGCUGGUUGACUACUCCUCAGGUAUUAGUCUCAGUGACCAAGUGUUUCUUUCAGAGGCAGAGGACUUUCAGAAUGAGUUCUAUGUCAACAGUGAAGCAGGAAUGGCUUCUGGACAGCAGCAGAGACAGAACUCGGCUUCCAAAGAUCAAGACCAGGAAUCUUUAAGUGUGGGGAAGCUGAGCGACAAAAGCAGCACAAGUGAACUCUCUCUGGGUGAUGAUUCGGCGCGGGAUCGAGCAAGUCUGAAGUCAGCGGACAGCAGCCAAGACCUGAAACAUACCAGCGAGGGAGAGGAAGGAGGCGAGUUGGAGGAAGAAGACGUGAUCAAUGACAAAGAGGGUUCAGAUGAACCAGCUUUCUUGAACAUUGAGUUCACGGAAUCAGGAGCAACAGUUGGGACUCUAGAAGACGAGGUCUUGAACGGACUGGCUCUAGAGGAGGCUGAGAAAGACACCGUAGAAGAACAAGAGGGGGAGGAUGGCCGCGAUUCGUCAGAUGAGUCUGAGGAAAAGGAGCAAAAAAUUCUCUUAGAUACAGUUUGCAAAAUGGUUCGCUGGCUUUCAGCGAAACUCGGACCCACAGUGACGUCUCGAUAUGUGGCCAGAAAUUUGCUGCGGUUGCUUACAAACUGUUACAUUGGACCCGUAAACCACCAGUUUGUGGCCUCGCCUUCAGAGGAGAGCCGCCUGGAGACUGUGGGAAUGGGCAACGUCUAUGAGAAGAAACCUGUGGUUGGUGAUCAGACAGCAGGACCUGUUUUAGACUGUCUCAUCUAUAUAGCUCAGCUUUAUGGAGAGCCUGUGCUCACCUACCAGUACUUGCCUUACAUAGGAUAUCUGGUGUCUCCGCCAUCUUCACAGCGUCUGAACACUCGUAAGGAAGCAAGUCUGCUCGGAGCUGUUGCACUUACACAGAAGAUCGUCGUCUUUCUCUCUGACACCACUCUAAUGGACAUGCUCAUGAAGCUCAACCAGGAUGUCCUCCUUCCACUUUUAGACCUGCUAACUACCCCACGAAUGGGGUUCCCCAGUGGAGUGCAGACACGCACAGCUGUUUGUCUCAAGACACUGAGCCUAGUAGCUCUCAUCUGUCUGCGCAUCGGGAGGGAGAUGGUGCAGCAGCACAUGGCCGACACUCUGCGUCGGUUCUUUGCUGUCUUCUCUCUGCUUCAUACUCUGCAAUUACAACUGAAUGAUGCUCCUCGAAGAGUUGUGGGAGAAGUGACAUUGGUGGAUGUUUGCAUACCUGAAGAGUCCAGUGUGACGUUUGAGUUGGGGGUCUUGGAGGAGUUACAGACUGUUUUUAAUCCUGAGAUGGCGCAUGCUUCGUACAUCCCUUUCUACUGCCUUAUAGGCGAUGCAGCAAUUCGGAAGCUGGUUCCGAAUCAUGAGCUAGUCUGGCAGCUGGUCCAGUCCUACCAUCAGAGUGUGAGUCGAGGGGGUGCAGAAACAGAACUAACCUCAGCCUCCAGGUUGGAGCCUCCUUCAUCUUCUGGUUUUAGCAGACAUGUGACCUGCAGUCCGGUCCCCGCCUCUUCGAGUUGCUCCUCAUCACAGGAAGAGUCCAUUCCUGAAUCCGGCACAUUUGGAAGCCACCUGGUGGGAAACCGAAUUCAAGUGUCCCGUGACUCUGAAUAUGAUGGAAACAGCAAUCAUGGCUUGGCCAGCUCUUGGGGACGUUCCAGUAAUGGAACAUCCAUGAUCACUGCUGCCUCUACUUUUGCUACGCCAUCAUCAGGUGCAACCAAUUUCUCCUCCUGGAUAACGGGCUCUUCCCCAGAGGACAGUGCCCUGAAGCAGGAGCUCCCUCGUAGCAGCCGCUCCCUCCAGGGCAACUGGUUGGCCUAUUGGCAGUAUGAAAUUGGUCUAAACCAACAGGAUUCACAUUUCCACUUUCACCAGAUAAGACUACAGAGUUUCCUGGGUCAUUCAGGCACUGUAAAGUGUUUAGCGCCGCUGGCGGGGGAGGAUUUCUUCCUUUCUGGGAGUAAAGACAAGACCGUGAGACUGUGGCCUCUUUACAACCACGGUGAUGGGACGCAGGAAGUGGAGCCCAGGCUGACGUAUAAUGAACAUAGGAAGUCAGUCUUCUACGUGGGACAACUCGAAACUUCACAGGAAGUGGUCAGCUGUGAUGGCACCAUCCACGUGUGGGACCAGUAUACAGGCAAGCACGUUCGCUUGUAUGAAGCCGUGGAUGGGAAGAAUCCAAUUACAGCCAUCACCACCAUGCCAGCUCCUCACUGCAGCAUUGUGUUUGGCAGCGCAGAUUCUGUUCUUCGCUUCAUUGAUCCUCGGAAACCUGGAUUGCAGCACGAGUUUCGUCUGGCAUACAACAGCGUUAGCGCCGGGCUCAUCCGCUACCUGGCAGUGAGCCCCUCGGGGCGCACGGUGGCUGCUGGUUUCUCAUCUGGAUUCAUUGUUCUGCUAGACGCACGCACAGGACUGUUGCUUAAGGGCUGGCCAGCUCAUGAGGGAGAUAUCCUCCAGAUGAAGGCUGCAGAGGGAAACCUGGUGAUCAGCUCUUCCACCGACUACACGUUGGCCGUGUGGAAAGAUCUUGAGAACAAGCCUCUUCGCCAGUAUAAGUCACAGUCUGAUCACAUCCACGCCUUGGACCUUUACGGUUCUCAGAUUGUAUCUGGAACAGUGGCUAAUAAGAUCGGGGUGUACUCCAUGGCCGAUAUCUCCCUGAGUCCCAUCAGCAGUACAAAGUUGAGCUCGGAGAACUUCCGCGGCACCCUGACCAGCCUAGCAGUUCUGCCCACUAAGAGGCUUCUCCUUCUGGGCUCUGAGAAUGGCGCCAUCCGGCUAUUAGCUUAAAACGGUAGCUCCCAGCAACACCAAACACACUUUCCACUGAACUUUUGUGUCUUUUCAUGAAUUAAUAGUAGUCCUUUUUGUACUUGAAGGGCAGGUUGUCAUUGUUUUUAACAAAGCAGCACAAUUAACAGCAUCAUAGAAGCUUAGUGUCCACAGACUCAUUCCAUUCUGGCUGCUUGCACAAUACCCAAUGGACAGGAAGUAUGCCCCACUCUGUAGACGUUUCAUGCACACUGGAAUUAAAAUCCUGCGCCUUUAUACGUGAAUGACAUAAUGGGAAAACUCUUGUCUAUACAUUUAUUGUUCUGCCUAGUUCAGCUAUUCCGAUCAAAACCAGAAGAUACGCUCAGGAAGGUUUUAGCUAGUCUUUUCACUUUUUCAAAUACCGGUAGUUGCUUAAUGAAACCAAAAACACAUCAAGCUCGCCUUCCAUUGUCCCUUCAUAAUGAUGAGUAAAUGUUAAUCAAGUGCACUGAGGAAACUAUGCAGUAUUUGUACACCAAACCAUUUCUGUAAUCGUUACUCCAUGUCUACAGCGAGAUGUUUGAUUGUGCUCAACGAUAAACUUGUUGUGAUGGUAGUUCGCCUAGAGCUGCCACGCCAAACAAAGAGUACAAAUGCACAACCUUUAAUCAACUGCACAAAGAAAAGUCUGAAUUGUAACGCUCAGAUUUAAAAUACUGAAUAUUUGUUUCUCUCCCCCACCCCCCCAAAUAAAUGACUUGAAACCUUCAUCAGGACCAUCUUUAGGUCAACUCAUCAUUUAAUCUUGUUUGUUUCACAGCAGCUUUUAGUUUACCUCCAAAAACUGAACAGUCGAUGCCAAGUGAAACAACGUUUGUAUUUUAACAUUUAUGUGUAACCACGUAGGAAUAUUAGGAAAACUAUGUCUAUAGAGGAAAUAUAUAUGCUUCUUUGUGUAAUGUAAAUAAAAUAAACAGCAGAAGUUUUGUUUCUUAAAUCAAUUCCAGUUUUUAAACCUUAACAUCUAACUUUGGAAGCUCAGCUUUUUUGUAUGGCGUUUUUCAAAGUUGGGCUUUUUUCUAAUAAUUAGCCUAAAGUUCAAAUAAAUGUGAUAAAAGAAUGUUUAGAAUUUUUAUUUUCUCAUUUUUGGUGAACUUGAAGUCCAAAUUGGAGCAUAAAAUGGCAAACACUUGAAGAGAAAUGGGCAAAGACUUUAAAUUAUUAACAUGUUUAAUAAAAGUUGCUUCCGUC